CCUACAGGCUCACGAGCCUGGCAGUAGCCCUCCCCACUUCUCCAUGCCGCCCCGCCAUCCAUUCCCUCUCCCCGUCCCACCCACUCUGUCUGGGAACUGCUGUGCUGGCUGGGCUGGAUCUGCCAGCCCAAGGUUGCGUUUCCUCCCCAGACGCCUCGGUCCUGCCCUGUCGGCUCAGGCACCGCUGAGAUCCAGCAAGAGACAGACAACCGGCCCCUGCUCCCCCCUCGCUCCGCCUUGGGCGGCCCCCGCGCUGCUCCGGGCCAGAGGAGGGACUUUGUCGGGGGGCUGGGCUGCGGCAGAGUUUUAACGGAGCCGGGACAGGGCUUCCCGCAUUCGGGGCCAGGAGGCUGCAGCGUGCGGCCGCACAGGGGAGAAGGGGAAGGAUGCAACUGGAGUAUCCCGCUCCGGCCUCCUCUCUGCGCGUCCCACCCGAGCCAGGCGCCUGCAGCAACCUGGGCAUGGUGCUGGCGCCAUACGCGGGCAGCACGGCGGGCAGUGGCCAGGCCCCGGCCGGCGAGGCCGCCAAGCCGCCCUACAGCUACAUCGCGCUGAUCACCAUGGCCAUCCAGAGCACGCCGGAGAAGCGGAUCACGCUGAACGGCAUCUACCGCUACAUCAUGGGCCACUUCACCUUCUACCGGGACAACAAGCAGGGCUGGCAGAACUCCAUCCGCCACAACCUCUCGCUCAACGAGUGCUUCGUCAAGGUGCCCCGCGACGACAAGAAGCCGGGCAAGGGCAACUACUGGACGCUGGACCCCGACUGCUACAACAUGUUCGAGAAUGGCUCCUUCCUGCGCCGCCGACGCCGCUUCACCCGCAAGCGAGGCCGAGGAGACGCGCCGGGCACCGAGGCCGAGGAGACGCGCAAGAAGCCGUCCAAGCCCCGCACGCGGCAGGUCCCCCCAGCCCCAGCUCCAGCCCCAGCCCCAGCCCCGGAGAUCAAGACCGAGGGUGGCUAUUCCCCGCUAGAGCCAAGCGGUGCCAGCCAGAUGCUCUCCGGGGAGGCACAGGGCGAUGCCAAGGAGCGUGCCCAGAGCAGCGUGGAUCCCGGUGCCCGGUGCCCGGAGCAGCCCAGGAAGUACCUGCAGAAGCCCCGGCAGGCGUGCUUGUACCUGCCGGAGGGGCCGGAGCCCAAGCCCCAGCUCUUUAAGGAGCCGUGCUACCCGCUGCCGGAGAGCCGGGGGCAGGAGCUGCCCCUGCUGAAGGAGCCCAUCUUCGGGGGGCUCCAGCCACACAUCCCGAUGCCUCGACUGAGCCCCUACACCAGCCCCGGGGAGCGCUUGAGCCAGCCGGCCCCCGAGAUCAAGGACUCUCUGCCGGAUGCGGUGCUCGCCGAGAGCGCGCUGGAGACCAAGGAGCCGGCAGCCCCCGCCCUGGGGCUGGCCCAGCCCUUCAGCCAGGUGGCCCCGGGAUUCGCCACCCCGCUGCUGGGUCCCGGCAAGGCCCCGCUGCCCUGCGGCCGGCAGCCCUCGCCCGCCUGCUUCCCUGGUUUCGAGGGCGAGGCCUACGUCAAGCCGGCGCUGCCCAUGUUCGGCUCCUUCGGCUGCGCGGGCACCGACGCCCUGAGCGGGAACUACCAGUGCCGCGUGCAGGCGCUGAGCUUCUGCAUGAACGAGCGCCCGUGCAGCUCGGCCCUGGAGCACAUCCUCAGCUCGGCCCAGCCCGGUGGCCCCGGGGCGCCCGUGCAGCCGCCCCCCUUCCACCCAGCCCUCCAGCUGCCCGGGGACCAGAAGGAGUCCUGGCCCGGGGGCGCCUUCCCCCUGCAAGGGGGCAACAGCUACCACCUGGGGCUGCCCAAAUGCAUCUACCGGACACCGGGCAUGUUCUUCUUCGAGUGACGGGAGCAGGCUGAGGGAGAGAGAGACGCUCCGUGUAAGUUAUUGCCUCCCGCUGGGGACUGCCCGGCACAGCCCGCACACACCCGGCUGCCGGGGGGAUCCCUGGGGGUCCGACAGUGCCACCAACCCCUUUGCCCCAGCUUGUAUCCUACGGGACCGGGGACAGACUCGGUGCCAGCCUGCGGAAUAAAGCACGUUCCCCCA